CUCAUGCGAACCAAAUCUACUGGUUAUGUGAACAGAAAAGAUGUGGUAUACCCAGGCUGCCAUGUCCUUGGACCUGACGUUGAACUCAAGAUCUUCAACACCUCGGCUUUGACUUUAGAUUUUGCGAGCGUCUCCAGUUUCCUGAAAGACCAAAUGGAGGUAUCAUUUGAUUGUAACCUCCAGUAUUUCAUAAGGCAGGAAAGCGUUGGCGAAUUGCAUGAGAUGUUUGACAUGGACUUUGAACCGGUGAUGAAGCAAUUAGCGGUCAGUACACUCAAGGCUACCACUACAAAGUUCACCUUGGAGAAUAUACGCCUGAAUAGAAGCUACGUUGAGAACACGUUACAUAAAGAUCUACAGCAAAAAUUAGGAGGUGAUUGUUGUCCCGAUUGCUGUGAUGAUGCGUGUCAAAACCAUCCUACUUGUGUGAGCGGAUGUAACAGUGACAGAUCCUCUUGUUACCCUGGUUACUAUGUUGAUAUUCGAUAUUUCAACUUUGGUGGCAUAAUUCUGCCAUCACAGGUGACGUCAAUAUUACUCACGACUGCACUCUUAUAUGUGAAGGCUGACACAGAACACUUCAAGCAGACGCAUGCCCUUGAAGAAAAAGAAACCAAACGUCAGGUUGCUCAUUUAAUAAACGAGGCUGCUGAAAUAAAAAAUGGAGCAGAUGUGAAGGCGGACUACAUCAUGAAGAUAGCUAACGCAAAAGCUUAUGCAGAUAAAAGUCUUGUUGACAUGCAGGGUCUGCGUAACAUGUGCUCAGCACUUGGUCUCACUGAUGCUCAACAGAAACUUUCAGUCUAUAUGCUCAAAACUUUGAAGAAAAAACAUGUUUCUCUGUCUCCAGGUUGGAAGAAUGCAUCAACAUACACUAAUCAAGCACUUGGUGGACUGUAGUUUUUAGCUCACCUCUUAGCAGAGGUGAGCUUAUCCCAUACCGUGGCGUCCGUCGUCCGUCGUCGUCGUCGUCGUCGUCGUCCGUCGUCGUCCGUCGUCCGUUAGCAGGGCACGUUUCGUAACUGUUAGAGCUAUUGAGUUGAAACUUGGUACACAUGUACCCUUAUGUAAUGACACCUUGGAGACCAGGUUUCGGUCCGAUUCGUUUCAUGGUUUAGCCACCAGGGGGCCAAACGUUAAAAGUGAAAAUAUGCAAUAUCUCCCUUGAUAGUAGUCGGGAAAUUUUGAAAAAAAUAUGGUAGGUACUUCUAGCAAAGGUGCAUCAUAUAUCCUCCGGGUUUUUGAUUUGACCUCCUUUUCAAGGUCACAGAGGUCAAAUGGUGUAAAUUGGCCGUUAGGAUGUAACAAUGGCACGUUUCUAAACUGCAAUGGCUAUUGAUACCAAAUUUGGUACACAUUUACCCCUUAGUCAGGUGAUCUUAGGGACCGAAGUUUGGUCCAAUAUGAUUCACCACUUGUCCACCAGGGGGCAAAAUCCAAAAACCUUAAAAAUGUGAUUAUUCCUUAACAACUUCUUGCCCGAUUGCCACCAAUUUGAUAUCAUGGGUACAUCUAACCACCAUACAGUAUAUGUCACACAGGUUUUUAAUUUGACCUUCUUGUCAAGGUCACAGAGGUCAAAUGGCGUAAAUUCGCCGUCAGGCCGUAACUAUGGCACGUUUCUUAACUGCAAUGACUAUUGAUCACAAAUUAAGUACACAUGUACCCCUUGGUCAGGUGAUCUUAGGUAUCGAAGUUUGGUGCGAUCUGAUUUGCCGUUUGGCCUCCAGGGAGGGGGCCAAAUCCUAAUCUCUUCAAAAUGCCAUUAUUCCUAGUAAUGACUUGCCCGAUUGGCACCAAUUUUAUAUCAUAGGUACAUCUAAUUCUAACAACCAUUCAAUGUGUCACCCGGGUCUUCUUUGAUUUGACCUACUUUUCAAGGUCACAGAGGUCGAAUGUUAUGUAAAUUGGCCAUUUUGGGGAAAUUGUAAUUGCUUGGACCUACAUCAAACCUAACACUACAUGACACAAUACCAUGCUCUUUAUCCAUCUUUCCUCCACAUGAGGUGAGCACAAUGGCCCUGGCCAUUUUUUGAGGCCUUUGCGGGAGAUUUUGAUAGUCGAUCAUGUCUGUGCAACUAUUUUAUUAGAUUGGGAACAUUUUGACAAGACUGUAUUCGCCUUUGCUAAUCUGUUUAGUGAUAACACAUUCUAAAUACCUGGAUUUAGAACGAACCUCACUUUACAGUGUAAAUGCACUAUGCACAAAGGAAGCCUCGUUUUGAAUUAGGCGGUUAGGUAAGGCAACCAUAACCGUUAUGGUAAGGCAACCAUAACCGCUUGGGUUGGUGUAAAAUGUGGAAGCUGUCAAAAGCAUUUAAAACCACAUUUUUCUUUGUCUAAUUUGAUAUAUUUUAGAAUAGAAAUUGAUACCUGACUGUUGGUAUUCAAAGCAGGUUCCACGAUGACGUCACAUCACGUGACCGCAAUCCAUAUUAUAGCUGUGCAUGUGACGUUACCACCAUCAGAAAGAUUAUGACGGCCGUUGUGUCAACAUUGAAGCGAUUAAAAUCUACGUUGUUGGUUGUUAAUUGUGUUUCAGGUCUUGUUCCGGCUUCCGUCACUCCACAGCUAAAGUCAAGACAAUAAUAUAAUAAUAUAAUAAUAUAAUAAUAUACAACAAUAUACAACAACGAAUCAAAGGUCAUUGAGUUCUUUAUUCUACACACGUAAACACGUUUCGAGAUUCACAGAAUUCAUCAUUUUGCCUUAUUACGGCAUUCUUACCUCUUUUGUGCUCCUCAGAUGACUUUAGAUAACGAUGACAUAAGAGUGGGGCAUCACCAAGCAGGAAAUAGACGAAAGCGUAGGACAAGAUGACGGUUACCAGGGAGACUAGUGCCAAGUCUGCUAAAUUAUCUAGGUCACGAUGACGUCGCAUUAACGCGGCAGUUACAGGUCUGUAAGCCUUAAACAAUCAGAUUCACUAAAAAGUUGUCGCAAAACGUUAUGAGACGGCAUCAGCUUUGUAAAAAUUGAUAUUGAUGUGCAGUUCUGUCAAUUUCCCAAGCUACCGGAUCACCUAAUGCAACUUACACUAUGUUGGCAAAAUAUUGGUCAUCUUCAUAGGGCUCAAAAGUUAAAAAAAACGAGGGGAUCUAAGGGGAUCUAUGGUGGUUUCUGUCUCAGUAGUUCGUUGUUUUUGGGGAAAGGGUUGGGAAAUUCCCUUUUCUGCUCCUAUCAAUAAGAACAACCGCAUAAUGUGAAGGUCACUCAAUGUCAACAUUUGUAUAAGAUGCGAACAUCUGCCGUGAUAAAAGUCGGAAAACUAAUCACAGACUAUGAAUUUAAACAUUACUGUUGUGAAAAUUUAUUAAAUUAAAAUUUAUUUAAUUCAGUCAUCGACUAGUGGAUUACACUUUGGGGUAUUAGUUCGUGAUUGUUUAUUUAGGUAGUUCAUGUGAUUUUUAUAUCGAUAAAAUCGUCGAAUGAAACACGUGUCUUUGUUUUCAUAGGAGUUGCCAUUCUGAAAAAAAGCUGUGACGUCACCGCGGAACCUCCUUUGGUCGGUAUUGAUUGUCUCGCCAAAACCGCUCGGCUAUGCCUCGGUUUUGUUUAGCUCCACCCUGGCUGUCCAAUAUCUCCAGUUUGGUAGCUCCACCCUCACGGUUUUGGUUAUACAACCGAUACCUCCAGUUCUGUAUCAAUUCCUUGAACAUUCCAAUAACUGUUUAAGCUUAGAGAGUAUGUAGAUUAGAGCCACAUUGCUUUUCAUUACUGUUGUCACAGCGAGUAUUCAAAAUGACCCAGAAACUUCUGAUUGGAUCUCAGGUUGUGUAUGACUUCUAUUGGCCCAUUUACGUUUUGCUGGCCAUUCCGAGUCAAGACCACAAUUGAUUUUUUAAGCCUUUUAGCAGUUAAAUUGUCAAUGUUUGACCGCGACGCAUCAAAUACUGCGUGCGGUUGUGAAUCUGAAAUUUAGAUUAUGUUAUUCCGGACAGUCGGGCAAGUAAAUGGUGAAAAAUAAACUGGUAGUUGACCACGGAAAGUUUUUGAUAAUCGACAAAUUAGACAGACUUUGAUAUUUCCACUCUUUUAGCCAACUGGCAGAAAAAACUCAAAACACGCCCCCUAUUACCCAAUUAGCAAAAUUCGAAAUUAAUUUUUUCAUCAAAUAAUUUCUUUAUAUCUGUAGACUUGCCACAACAAAUAUUUUUUUCAAUACCUCUCCAAAUAUGUACUUGAGAGUUAAAAACAUGCACUCGUCUAAUUGAUAGGCCUCGACCCUCCAACCUAUGAAUAUACAUUAGUGGUCUUGUCUCUUCCCGCACUGGUGUAUGGAGGCCGCCAUUUACAUUGUAUGACGUCACAAAAUUGUAUGCUACGUCAUAUCGACCUAUGUUGCGCUGAGGUGCGUAAAGUUCGCAAGUACCCAAUCUGUUCGGCAACACGAGGACGUCCUUGGAUUUUUACAUGGUAUGGUGUCAUUUUUCCAAAACAUGGCCGACGUCUGUGUUUGGCGCCGAGAUAUUUGCCUCUUGAACUGCUGAUUUAAAUCCCUGAAAAAGGUCAUUUAUUGUGGCAAUAUUAUGGCACUGAAAUUUAGUCGGUUGUGAUAUAUCGAGUUAAUGAAUGUCUCGUGGGUAAACUGUAUUUCAAACGAUUUUAAAGCCAAUAAAGGCUUUCUACUUACUCUUUAAAUUUAAGUUGGCAAAGGGGCUGAGUGCUUAAAUUUCAUGUUUUGCAAUUUAAAGUUUUUGCAAUUUAUUACAUCAAAUCAUUUAGGAAUUACCAAUAUUGCUCAACUGGAGGUGAAAUUAUUAUUGAAAUAUAUUUCGCAACUACAGUAGAACCUCUCUAUUAAAGACACCCUUGAGACUGAAAAAUGCUGACCUUAAUAGAGAGGUGUCCUGAUUAGAGAGGUCAAGUUGAAUGGAAACAACAAAAUUGGGUUUAGAACUAGUGUCCUUAAUAGAGAGGUGGCCGCUAAGGGAGGUUCCACUGUACAUGUAGAUUUGAGUAUGGUGUACAAUUCAAGAAUCUAAAAAAAAGAAGCUGUUUUACCAAUGGUAUUCAACAUACUCUAAUCCAGUUUGUUACCAUGUUUGUUAUCGUAUUGGUUGGGUACUUUACUCGCUCUCUCUGCUCCAUUCCUGGGAUCGUAUAGGAGGAAGACGAAGGCAGAAGCCUGUUUUCUGUGGACACAAUUUUCCUUUAUUUAACUAGGCUACAUGAUACUUCUGUGCAUUAUCUUACUCUCCCUGAAGGCGACUCUGAUUAUGACUUAUAAAAACUCCCCGAAGGAAUCAUUUCCACCAGCUUUUAAUACAGUUGUUAUGUGUAGCCGCACCGGUCCACCCAUGGCAGAAUAAAACAAAGGAAAUAACUUGACAACGUCCGUAGAUAAAAUAUGAUUGUCACAACCUCGGGGCUAAAAGUGCCAGUGGUGACCUCCAGGUCAGAGCCUCUGGCCAAACUUACUGAUCCUCCUUGUCAUAAAUUAUCUCGGCCAAAAUGACGCCCCCUGAUAUACACUGACAUCAGGCGGGUAAUCCAAUUAAAUAAAGUCCAGGCCAACAGUUUAAAUAUACGGCAUUUAUCCUCAAUAAUCACCCCACCCACACCCGGUUACAACAUUAAUAUAUACAGGUACAUCACAAUAGUCAACACAAUCGCACAUAAAUGGUCCCUCAUAAAACAUCAGGGAGACCGACCACUCAUCCGUGGCAAUACAAUCACUUCAGAUAUACGUCGUCAGGGCAACAGUUAGCAACUGUUGCAAAUCAAGGCAGAAUGGCAAGGGGUUAAUCCUCAGUAGACCGGCAUGGAAAAAUAUUUAAAAAAAACCUCUUGGAAUAAAACUAUUCCAAGAAGAAUCAAACCACACCUCGAUUCCAGGUGUAUACAAGUUUUGCCCCAGCAAAACAGAAAGAUUCCCGCAAUUGAAGUUACCUGAUACAGGAGAUUCUGGGCCCGUUUACCAGUCCAACCUGGUGAGCUCGCCAGAAGCAAAAAAACUGGUCCAUAGAAAAUUACGCGAGCUCAACACGCAUAUCGGGAGGUCUAGCGAUUUCGAAAUGGUCUGCAGUGACCGCAAGGCCCCAGUGAUCCACCAGCAGCACGAGGGGUAUGCAGAAAAAAAAAGAAUUUGUAUCAGUCAGAGACUUGAGCAAGUCACUGGCCUCUCCACAGACAGAGGAAUAAAAAGGGUACCCUCAACUCCUGAAGAAAGGAGGAGAUAAAAAAAACGUACCAACGCUCGACUCUUAGCAAGAGGAGAAAAACGUCUGCGUCUAAUCGCAUCUAAGCCGGUCUGCUCGGAAACCCACGCUAUCCCAUUAAAUACCCGAAGUCCACAUGACCACAUGAUAAUUCAACUGACAUUCCGAUCCACAAUGCACUGCGCACACAAAGACACCCCCAAUUAAAAUAUGAAAAGAUCACCAAGCAACCCGAUACAAAAGCCUUCGUUUCCUGGCAGAGAUUGCACUGAAUAUAACUUAAAACACCGUAGUUCGAGGCACAUGCUAAGGAGUGAUUAAAUAAGCUCACGAUUAAUCGAGAUAAGUUCCAAAUUUGCAAGUUAAAAGAAGUUUUCGUGAGAGAGGUAACAAUGUAAUUUUGACUUUAGCGGUGCUGCAAGGAGGAUACCGCGGUGACGUCACGGCUUUUCCAAGAUGGCGCUGCAUAUUGUAAACAAACUCGAUCCACGGCCAAGGGAAAAUCAAGUCAUCAAAAAAGUUAGAUUUUUCGCAUCAAAUCAGAGUUAUUAGUACUUUUCUGCUAUGAAAUAAGUCUUCAGACAAUAGCUAUCAUUUGAAUAAUGAAAAGUGCUGUUUUGAUGUUUGAUGGGGAAAAAUAGGUUUUUUUUAACCAAAUAGCCGGGCACCGAUCUUCCAAAAUUAGCGAUGGUUUCAAAACAGUCUCCGAGAUAUGGGCAAUCUCUUCAUUAUCAUAAUGGGAUUUGGAGGCAUGUUUCCAGAUUUUACAAGUUCGAGACCUGGAGGACCUAAAACUCGCAUAGAUCCCCAUAGAUCCCCUCUAUUUGUCGAGUUAGCGCCCCUGUAAGAUCAUGCAUUUUCGGACAAUAGAACGAAAUCUUCCCGCGGAUAUCGCGGUUUCGGUGAUGAUUUAAGGAGAAAUUGACUGUUCUUAGAGUUGUAUGGGACAGAAAUGAGUUCAUACUUCAUGAAUACAUGAAUGUAUUUAGAUAUGGGCGGGCUUCUAAGUCAAAACAAUAACAAACUCAACUGCAUCUCUACUGUAUAUUGCGUAGUGCAUUGCCUAGUGUAUUUCGUAGUGUAUUUUAGCGGAGACAUUAUUUCCGCACUUUGGCCACGCCAAACGUCUUUUUUAUUCGUGGAAGUUAAUCUGCUCUGUAAAUUUUAUUUUACACAGGAAGAAUCCAUACUAGGUAUUGCAAUAUUUCAUGUCUAUUGGUGUUUUUGUGUACAGGAGCGCACCAGACAGUGAGACGUUGAGAUGUGCUCAGUGCUGGUGCUGUCAGUAGACUGAAUCUGAUUGGCCAUAGCGAUCACUAAUAUGGGUCGGGAUCAGGUGAUGUGACGUCACCGCGGUAUCCUCCUUGGCGGUGCUGUAGGAAAGGAGGUCAUUCGGCAUUCCUCAGCCACUCACGUGAUAGGAAGAACCAAUAAAAAUACGAGAAAAUUGUAAACAGUGAUGGCCGCCGUCCAGGUCACAUGACCGAUAAAAUGGCGACGCAUCCAGGAAAUUGAUAGAAAGAGUUGUUGACAAUUUGUCCGAAAAUAAACGAAAUAAACCGUUGUGCCUGGAACUAGGUUUACAUAAAAGGUUACGAAAAUGAGAAGGUAAUUUUGGUGACCAUUUCAUGAUGAUCGUUCUUGAUUUAAUAAGUUGCUGUUCUACAGUAGUUGCCGUAAAAUCUGGAAAUACAAAAUAUUACCACUUGCUAAGUACAAUAUCAUCAAAAGAACUGUAAAAGUAUUUAAUAAACAAUUCUACCAAAUAAA